UUUCACAGCUCUGGGUUUUAUUUUCCCUCAGAUCUUUCGCGCGUUUCGGCAUCCUCCUCCAGUGAUGGCUUCAAGUAAAUCCACCGUCCUCAUCACAGGCUGCAGUGAUGGCGGCAUCGGCUCUGCUUUAGCCGCCGUCUUCCAGCAGCGAGGCUACCACGUCUUUGCCACAGCCCGCGAUCCGUCCAAGUUGUCUUCGCUCAAAGAUCUUCCCAACGUGACACUUCUAAAGCUCGAAGUCACCAGCGCAGCCGACAUCCACGCCGCCGCAGAGGCGGUAAGCAAACAAACAGGCGGAACAUUAGACUACCUGAUCAGCAACGCUGGGCGCAACCACUUCACGCCCAUUCUUGAUGACGACGUCGCGAAGGCCAGGGAGAUUUUCGACAUCAAUAUCUUCGGGCCGAUGGUGCUGGCGCAGACUUUUGCGCCGUUGCUUAUGAGGGCGAAGGGCAUGCUUGCAUUUAUCACGUCUAUUGCGGGCUACAUGAAUACUCCGUACAUGGGCACCUACUCCGCAUCCAAGCGCGCACUCGAGGUAAUAGCCGAGACCAUGCGUCUUGAGCUGAAGCCCUUCGGUGUCGACGUCCUGUCCGUCGUGACAGGUGCAGUUAAAUCCCAAGGCCAAACAUAUUUCGGCGAUUUCGCACUGCCCGAGAACUCGCUCAGAGCGCGAGGAGGCGACGGCCUGCAGAGAAUGGAUACGAUGGAGUAUGCAAAUGCGGUUGCGGAUGAGGUUGUGAAGCGCACGACCGGUCGAUUCUGGUAUGGCCAGAAUGCGGAUAUGGUGAGGAUGAGUACUACGGCCGUGAAUGUGCCGCAGGAAGCUAUGGAUGCGGGAAUGAUAAUGGGGACUGGAUUGGACAAGCUGAACAAGUGAGAGCGGUUGAAAGGGAAGACGCGUUGGGAAUAGGCUAUUCAUCUACGUGGUAUGUACGUAAGGAGCAUCUGAGACAAGC